AUAAACUUUGUCCAUUUCUCUCUUCCAAUUUACUUUCUUCCUUUUUCUCUUUCUUUCUCUGUCUCAUCCGCGUUGCCACUAUCAUCAUCCUCCACCCAUCUCCACUAUCAAAAGCACCCAUCUCUCAUCACGCGUUUAUUUCUCUCAAAAUUGGAUUAUACUGAUUAUUUCUUCAACAAUAAUGGAGAAUGUUUCCCUUUCAUGUAUAAUAUAUGAUACAUAUUGUUGUAUGAAUUUUUCUUUGUAAUUAUACGAUAUAAUUCUUUUGUGUAUUGACUUUUUUUUUGAAAAAUGAGGGAUUAUUCUCGACAUGAGUUACGCCGGUGGGGCUCCGACAAUAUUCGAACGCCGGUAACGGCUAUGAGUGCCGGAUCUUCACCGGUAAGUGACGUCACUACAUCGGGGUAUUCUACACCACCUUCUACCGCUGAAGAAUUCGUUGAAGUUACUCUUGACAUUGAAGAUGACGAGACUAUUAUUCUCCGAAGUGUUGAACCAGCGACGGCUACGGCAAUGAAUAUUCCGGGGACGAUGAAUGUUGAUGUUGGAGUUGAGAUUCCCGCGAGGAAUCCAGGGAUUCGAAGAACUACAUCGUCGAAUAGUAGAAUACGGCAGUUUUCUCAAGAAUUGAAGGCGGAAAUCAGUAGAGCGAAGCAGUCAUUUUCGGCGCAAUUGACGAAACGUUUUUCAGGAAAGUUUUUAGGUCACUCGCCUUCAAUGAAAGGAUCUGAAUCCGGAGUUGACCCGGCGAUUGCAGCAAGGAAUCGUCGUAAACAGCAAGCUCAACUCAAUCGAACUCGGUCUGGUGCUCAAAGAGCUCUGAAAGGGCUUAGAUUUAUUAGUAGUAACGCUAAAACAAAUUGGCAUGAAGUUAAGAAGAAUUUUGAGAGGCUUGCUAAAGAUGGAUUUCUUUAUCGCACUGAUUUUGCGGAAUGUAUUGGGAUGCUUAAUUCGAAGGAUUUUGCAUUAGAAAUGUUUGAUGCAUUGAGUAGAAGAAGGAGAUUGAAAGUAGAGAAGAUUAGCAAGGAAGAAUUGUAUGAGUAUUGGUCUCAAAUUACAGAUCCGAGCUUCGAUUCUCGACUCCAGAUCUUCUUCGACAUGGUGGAUAAAAAUGACGAUGGCCGCCUGAACGAAGAAGAAGUUAAAGAGAUCAUAGCAUUGAGUGCAUCGGCAAAUAAGCUGUCAAGAUUAAAUGAACAAGCAGAGGAAUAUGCAGCUUUAAUAAUGGAAGAACUGGAUCCAGAAGGACUGGGAUAUAUUGAGUUAUGGCAAUUGGAGACACUUUUAUUACAAAAAGACACUUACUUGAGCUACAGUCAAGCACUCAGCUACACAAGCCAAGCCUUGAGCCAAAAUUUACAAGGACUAAGAUAUAGGACCAGAAUUCAAAGAAUGAGAUCAAAAAUGUUUUAUUUCUUACAAGAUAAUUGGAAAAGGAUUUGGGUUUUAAGUCUUUGGAUAUUGGUAAUGAUUGGCUUAUUUUUAUGGAAGUUCUUUCAAUACAAAAACAAAGCUGCAUUCAAAGUUAUGGGUUACUGCCUUACUGUCGCGAAAGGUGGAGCCGAAAUCUUGAAGCUGAACAUGGCUUUGAUUCUGUUUCCGGUGUGUAGGAAUACGAUAACUUGGCUUAGGUCUACAAGGCUGGCUUACAUUGUGCCUUUUGAUGACAAUCUCAACUUCCAUAAGACAAUUGCUGCAGCUAUUGUGGUUGGUAUUAUCCUUCAUGCUGGAAACCAUCUUGCAUGUGAUUUUGUGAGACUUGAGAGGUCAUCAGCAACGGAUUAUGCUCUAUACUUGAGUGACUUUGGUAUGCCAAAACCCACCUAUGGAGAUCUAGUGAAGGGUGCUGAGGGCAUAACGGGGAUCUUAAUGAUCGUUUUGAUGGCAAUUGCUUUCACUCUGGCUACUCGACAUUUUAGACGUGGCCUCAUUAAGCUGCCCAAGCCUUUCGAUAGACUCACAGGAUUUAAUGCCUUCUGGUAUUCACACCAUCUGCUAGUCUUCGUCUAUAUAUGUUUGUUCAUCCAUGGGAUAAAGCUGUAUCUCGUCCACCAAUGGUACAAACAAACGACAUGGAUGUAUCUGGCAGUUCCUGUUUUAUUAUAUGCUGGGGAAAGGACUUUGAGAUUCUUUCGAUCAGGGUUAUAUUCUGUUUGUCUUUUGAAGGCAGCGAUUUAUCCUGGAAAUGUUCUCACACUGCAAAUGUCAAAGCCAUCUCAAUUUCGGUACAAGAGUGGACAGUACAUGUUUGUGCAGUGCCCUGCUGUUUCCACCUUUGAAUGGCACCCAUUUUCGAUUACUUCUGCUCCGGGAGAUGAUUUCCUCAGCAUCCAUGUUCGCAAGCUUGGUGACUGGACGCAAGAACUACAAAGGGUUUUUAAAGAUGCUUGUGAGAAGCCUCAACCUGGGAGAAGUGGACUUCUUAGAGCUGAUGAAACGACAAAGAAAAGUAUGCCAAAGCUUCGGAUAGAUGGGCCAUAUGGUGCUCCAGCACAAGAUUACCAUAAAUAUGAUGUUCUUCUCCUCGUUGGUCUCGGAAUUGGAGCUACUCCAUGCAUUAGCAUCCUUAAGGAUCUACUGAACAACAUAGUCAAAAAGGAAGAGGAAGAAGAAAAAGCUGCUGAUCUUUACCCAGUACCAGAUCUCAAUAACAAGGGUUCCCCAAAGCAAAAGAAGCCCUUGAGGACCACAAAUGCCUACUUCUACUGGGUAACUAGAGAGCAAGGUUCAUUUGAUUGGUUCAAAGGAGUCAUGAAUGAAGUUGCUGAGCUUGAUCAAAGAGGUGUGAUUGAAAUGCAUAAUUACUUGACCAGUGUAUAUGAGGAAGGAGAUGCACGCUCAGCAUUAAUCACCAUGAUUGCGGCACUCAACCAUGCCAAGAACGGGGUGGAUAUUGUUUCCGGCACCAAGGUCCGCACCCAUUUUGCAAGGCCAAAUUGGAAAAAGGUUCUAUCCAAGAUUGGUUCCAAACACGCAAAUGCGAGAAUAGGUGUUUUCUAUUGUGGUUUACCGGUCUUAGCCAAAGAACUAAAGGAGCUAUGCAAUGAGUAUAAUCAAAGAGGUACAACCAAGUUUGAGUUCCAUAAGGAGCACUUCUAAGAAGUCUUCAUAAGGAUUUUCCUUCACUUUUUCGCAACGGCAAAGAUGGAAAUUUUAAGCGCCUCAAGAACAUACAUAUACUUUCUUUUUUUUGUUUCGUAACUUAUUACUCCUACGAAGUAGAUACCAAAGGAACAAGCAAGGAGUCGGGAAUAACACUGAGAAGAUAGAAUAAUGUACAGUCUUGAAUAGAAUGAAAAUAUAUAUGGGAAGAUCUAUUGUUUUCCCUUUUUUCUUUUUUUAGUUUUUUUUUUCAUUUUUUGGUGAGGUUUAUAAUUGGUGUAUGCCUAGAACAAUCAAGCAAGUGUAGGGUAUUGUUACAUUGUUGACAUGGAUUGGUAAAGCACUUUAGCAAAUUUUUGCUGAGGAUGUAAUUAAAUUAUUUGGCAAGUGAGCAAGGGAGUUACAAAA